UAGGAGAUAGCGAGACUGUCAGAGAACCAGGCAGGAUUUACAGCGCAAAAAGCUAUUCACCAGAUCACGAAUCCUUCAGACAGAAAUAAACCGUAGGAUCAUAGAGCUGGAGGUUUUUUCUUCUUGCAAACAACUGAAAUUAAAUGACAGAAAGCGGUAUGACCAUGCAUGUAUCAAUUCGACACAACAGCUGUGGUUUACAACCGCAGCAGCAUCGCUGGAGUAUUUCCACAGAUGGGAAGCACAUGUUGACCAAAAACGUUCCACCAUCACAAAUCAUGCGCUCCAAGUCGUGCAUGAACUCCGGCCAAUCAUACAAGCGAAGCUGGUCCUCAAAUUCAUCCGAUUCUGCAGUCUCAACGGAGUCGGAAUGCAGCUGCUCCAGAGUGGUCGUGAUUGGAGAGAAUGGUGUGGGGAAAUCGGCACUUGCUGCCUUUUUUGCAGGUGCACGGGACAGCAUGGAUAGUAAUUGCAACCUGUUUGGAGAUGACACAUAUGAGCGAACAUUGGUAGUGGAUGGUGAAAGGGCAACCAUUAUUUUAUUGGACACAUGGGCUAAUCAGGAUGAAGGCAGCUGGACCCAAGAGCAGUGUAUGCAAGCUGGGGAUGCGUACCUCAUUGUCUAUUCAAUAACAGACAGAGCCAGCUUUGAGAAGGCUUCAGAGCUCCAAAUACGGCUGAGAAGAACAAGGCAAUCAGAGGAUAUCCCGAUCAUCUUGGUAGGCAACAAAAGUGACCUGGUCAGACGCAGACAAGUUUCAGUGACAGAAGGCAGAGCUUGCGCUGUGGUGUUUGACUGUAAAUUCAUCGAGACGUCAGCCGCUGUCCACCACAACGUGCAGGAGAUGUUUGAAGGAAUUGUACGUCAGGUUCGGCUGAGGAGGGACAGCAAGGAGGUGAAUGAGAAAAGGUUGGCACAUUACAAAAGCAGAGAAAGUCUUCCCAAGAAGGCCAAACGUUUUCUGGACAAAAUAGUAGCCAAGAACAACAAGAACAUGGCAUACCGACUGAAGUCCAAGUCUUGUCAUGACCUCUCAGUGCUAUGAGAACUUGCCUGUGGAAUAAGCAGGAGAUUGUUUUCCUAAAUGAUAUUAUCUGAAAAAAAAAUGUGUCAGUCUAUAUUAGAUUGCACGUCAUAGUACAGCCAAAAACUGGUCCGUUUUCAAAAUCUGAUAAAAGCACUGAAAUGAUUUGAAUCUGUACAGAGAGAUAGCUCUAUGAGCAAACUGGCUGUAAGUUCUGCAAAGUAAUGAUACUGAUGUAUGCUUUUGAAAUUCUGAGGUUGGCCCAUUCUACGUAAGUUUGCAGGUCAUCCUGGUUCACUAAGGCUCAGACCGAGGACACACAAGCAAUUUCCAGAAGCGAUUUUUUGUUGGCAGCCAAAAAAAAAAAAAAAAAAAAAAAAAAAAAUCAGUAACUUGGUUCUCAACUUCAAUGUGUGUUUAUCCAAUAACAUUGAGUUCUGUGAUCACCUGACUUCACAGUGUGCACUUGACAGGAUUAUUUCAUGAAAGUAGUUGUGGGAUGUGAAAUUUUCAGAAAAUAAAGACUAAUGAAAAAGGAAGAUGUAUGCAGGGGGCUUAUGGAAAAUGACCAGUUGAAAUAAUUAUCAAAAUCCCUAAUUGUUUGAGUCAAUCUUGCCAAAGUGCUAUAAAAUGUAACCAUUACAACCUUACAAAGACAACAGGAUGAUACUGUAUUUUUAACACACACACACACACACACACACACAUAUAUAUGAAUGAUGUGGUCUGUGUCAUGAUUAACUCUUUUUGUAAUAAAAACAUAUAUUUUCUUUAAAAAA